AGGAGACGGAGGGAGGAAAGAGAAGGCUGCAGGAUUGCCUUAGAGGAAGCAUUUUUACAUAUGUUUUUGCACAAGGAAAAGCCUGUUUUUCUUUUCUUUAUGGUCUCAUGCAGGAGGCAUGCUUGGGAAUAGUGCAAAAGGCAGAGGAGAUUUAAAGAUGGAAAGGACGGAUAGCACAAAGGCAUACGGCCAAGCAGAUGGCAAAGGAGUUGGUAUGGCAGCUAAGAGGGCCAAGUCUGGAGUGCCCCAGAGCACACAGCGGGGUGAACUGAAGGUUUACCGGCCAGGUAGCUCUGAUGGCAGGCUACCAGUGCCCUCCAAUCUCCGCAAGCAGAGGUCUAUGACAAACCUUGCUGUACUCACUGAUGCUGAGAAGAAGUUGCACCUUUAUGAGCCCAAGUGGUGUGAUGACAUGGCCAAGCCUGGAGCAGGGCAGACCAAGACAGGCAAGCCAAAGAUGGCAGGGGGUGGCACCAGUGCCGGAGGAGGUGCCCCUCUCUCUAGAAAUCUAUCCAAAUCUGAACACUCGCUGUUCCAAGGCAAACCCAAGCCUUUCAGCCCUCUGGCUGCUCCCUCUGCUCUGAGUAAGCAGAGUCGCAUUCCUCGAGGUCCGUAUGCUGAGGUGAAGCCCCUGAGCAAAGCACCUGAGGAUGGCAAGUCAGAUGACGAGAUCCUCUCCAGCAAAGCAAAGGCAAAUGCUAAGAAGCAGGGAGCAGGAGCUGGAGGGGAGUCCGGCUCCAAAGGCCAGGGGGAGGAAGGGGGAGACAAGCCCUUCUUGAAGGUGGACCCAGAACUGGUGGUGACAGUGCUGGGUGACCUGGAGCAACUGCUCUUCAGUCAGAUGUUAGACCCUGAAUCCCAGAGGAAGCGGACUGUGCAGAAUGUCCUCGACCUCCGUCAGAAUUUGGAGGAUACAAUGUCAAGUCUGCGGGGCUCGCAGCUUAGCCAUAGCUGUCUGGACAGCAGUAACAUGGGCUACGACAGUGAUGAGACAAACGCUCGCAGCAUAUCCAGCCUGUCCAAUCGCUCAUCACCUCUCUCCUGGCGCCAUGGCCAGUCCAGUCCGCGACUUCAGGCCGGCGAUGCUCCAUCAUCCACAGGUGGAGGAUACCAGGGGAGUAAGACCAGCUCCCAGUAUACAGCCCAUACGAUGCCAACUCGCUGCUCCAGCCGCCUCAGCAGCACAUCACGCAUUGAGCUCAUCGAAGGCUUGGACACGGAUGACACCGACCUCAAAUCUGGUUACCUGAGUGAUAGUGACCUUCUAGGAAAGAGCCUGCCGGAUGAUGAUGAUGACAACCUGGCAAACGGUUGGGAUGAGAGCAGCUCCAUCAGCAGUGGGCUCAGUGAUGGUGAUGGUGAUGGCUCCGAGAAUCUCAGUUCAGAGGAGUUCAACGCCAGCUCCUCCCUUAACUCCCUCCCGAGCACACCCCUGGGAUCCAGACGCAACUCCUCUGUUAUGCUCCGCACUGAUGCAGAGAAACGCUCCCUUGUGGAAAGUGGACUUUCUUGGUACAGUGAGGACGGCAAAGCCAGCCACAAGCUCAGUAGUGGCAACUAUGACACUGGGAGUCUCAAGACAGAAGCCCCAAGCAAGUGGAGGAAGAAGCCUCCAAGCCUCAGUGAAGAUUCAGGGGGCAAAGGAGAACUGAAGAAGCCCCAAAGUUUGGGUCAACCAGGAAGUUUCAAGAAGGGUCGUAAUCCUCCUGUGGGCGUGACCUCCCCCAUCACCCAUACCUCUCAGAGCACGUUGAAAGUCGCAGCACCUAAAAAUGAGAGGCCACUGGAUAAAUCCAAGAUCUCCAUCAAAACUGCCGGUCUGCAGCGGUCUCGCUCAGAUGCUGGUAGGGACCAUCAUCAUGGAGAGCACCGCAAGCCUCCAUCAGGUUUAGUUAGACCCACUGCUGGAGCCUCCUUCGGCUACAAGAAACCACCGACAGCCACCGGUACCGCCACUGUCAUGACAGCAGGUGGCGCCACCAUCUCCAGUGGCUCCGCUACUGUGGGGAAAACCCCCAAGUCAUCUGGCAUCCCUGUGAAGCCUGUGGGAGGAGGAACACCCUCGGGUCGAAAGAACAGUUUUGAUGCAAGCAGUGAGCAGAGCUUCUUGGGGCCAAAUGCACGAAACAGCAUUCAGUACCGCAGCCUGCCUCGACCUGCAAAAUCGAGCACGCUCAGUGUGAUUGGUCGGCCUGCACCGCGACCUAUCAGUGGUACCAUUGACCCCAGUCUGUUAAGUUUGAAACCUGUGCCCAUGGCUUCCACAGGCCCCAGGGUUAAAGAGCCCGGAAGCUGCAGCAGUAAGAUGGCUAAUCGAACGAGCACUGGCCCAGUGAACCAGACUGACCGAGAGAAGGAGAAAGAGAGAGCUAAGGCCAAGGCUGUGGGUGCUGACAUAGACUCUAGUUCUCUGAAGGGAGAGGAGAGUCAGUCCACAGGAGAAUCUACUGUGAAACUGCACGGCCUGAGAAGGACCAGCAGCAGCAAAUACCCUGAACUGUCAUCACCCACCACACCAAGGAUGUUGAACACUAAGUCUCUGGGUCGCCCACCUAGCUUGGCUCACCUGGACAAAGUCAACUCCAACAGUCUUGACUCCUGUGUGACCAUCCAGGACCUUCCACCAAAGGUCCCCCCUUAUUCUAAGCUGCAGGACUUGGCUGGUUCCCACACCUCUGCCCGCCUCACCCCCAGCCCAGCGCCUGUGCUCCACAUCGAUUCCCCCAGCUCCUACACCAGUGACAGCCUGAGUCUGAGCGGCUCACCGCUGCUCUACCCCAAGCUGUCUGGCAUGCACCGCAGCAUGGAGUCCCUGCCCCUCCAGAUGAGCGUGCCUUCCAGUGCGAGGUUUGUCAAAACUGAGACGCAUGACAAUGAAGAGAGGGGUACGGGAACCUGGGGAGCUGGUAACAGGACAUCCCUCAACAUCACGGAAAGCUUGCAGACUGACAGAAAUACCUUGCCGAAGAAAGGCUUAGAACGCUAUGGCUCAAGUCUGUCAGAGAGCGAAGGAAGCAAACCAGGCAGGCGCCACUCCCACACCAUAGUUAGCAUGACAGAGAGCGAUAGCCCCCCCCAGCUGCCUUCUCCCACCCGCCCUCUCCACCCCUGCUCCGCCAAGGCUCCUCUCACCAACGUGGUUGCCCCAAUUCCCAGCGGCACCCCAAAGAUAUCACGCUCCAACAGCAUCGGGCCCCCCAAUGAAUCUGCCUGCAAUCUCUAUGGAUCCUCCCCUGUGGGCAGCAGUAUGUCCCUGGCUGACCGGCCAAAAAGCAUGAUGCGCUGUGGGUCUUUCCGUGAACCAGGGGAUGAUGUGCAUGGCUCUGUACUCUCUUUGGCGUCCAAUGCUUCAUCGAACUAUUCCUCGAAUGAGGAGAGGAUACAAGGAGAGCAAAUCCGCAAGUUGAGGCGAGAGCUGGAAUCCUCCCAGGAAAAGGUUGCCAACUUGACCAUGCAGCUUUCUGCCAAUCAGCAAGGCCAGGCUAAUCUGGUAGCAGCAUUCGAGCAGAGCCUGGCGCUGAUGACGGCACGCCUGCAGACCCUGUCAGUCUCCUCUGAGCAAAAGGACUCUGAGCUCACUGAACUCAAGGAAACCAUUGAGAUUUUAAAGGCCAAAAAUACUGAGGCCCAAGAAAUCAUUCAGGGAGCUCUCAGUAAUCCGGAUGUCACGCCUAAAGAGCUGCUGAUCAAUCGUCAGAACUCCUCAGAAAGCAUCUCCAGCCUCACCAGCACCGCCAGCCACUCCAGUAUGUGCAGUCUCAAAGAACAGGAGGCCAAGAAGAAGAAGAAGAAGAGCUGGGUCUUUGAGUUACGCAGCUCCUUCAACAAGGCCUUUAGUAAGAAGGGCUCCAAGCCGUCAGGACCGUAUGCUGACAUUGAGGAAAUUUCCACCCCAGAAUCUUCUGCGCCUUCCUCCCCCAAAGUCCAUCACGAUGGAGACAACCUUCCAUCGUCACUGAAAACCUCAACAUCUGCAUCGUCAUCAGGACUGUGUGAAGGAGGCGAGGUGGCGGAUGAUAAGGUUGUAUCAGAGUUGCGUACGGAGCUGUGGGAGAAGGAGCGUAAACUAACAGACAUCCGUCUGGAGGCUCUAAGCUCCGCUCAUCGCCUGGAGCAGCUGCAGGAUGCCAUGACCAACAUGCAGAGGACAGUGGAGAACCUGAAGACUGAAAACGAUCAGUUGAAGACAGGUGGUCUGUCCCCUUGUCCGUCUCCCGGACCCUCCAGCUCCGUCUCCCAGUCUUCAGGUCUCACUGCGCUGGGGAGUUCUUCACCUCGACAGUCAGUCGCUGUGCAGAUGCCCAAAAGCUACAGCAGAGGGCUGAGUGAGGGGAGCAGCUCAGCAGACGUCCACUCUGCAGACUCUCUCGGUCUUUCCUCUCAGAGAGAUGAUCACCGUGUUAGGGUGGUGGUUUGUGUUGCAGAUUUGCAUGUCUUCAAAGAUGAGGUCAAACAGCAGGAUUUCUUUGUGGGCACAGUCAGGGUGAAUGGCAGAAUGGACUGGCCCAUGCUGGAUUCAGCUGUCAGCCAGGCUUUCAAGGUGUACAUAGCCAAGGUGGACCCCACUUCUAGUCUUGGCUUGUCUACAGACUCCAUCUACAGUUACAGUAUGGGCCACAUUAAGAGAGUGCUGGGUGGAGAAGCUCCAGAGACACAGCCGUCUCGCUGCAUGUCCCGAGGCCCAAGUGGCAUCACAGUGGCUCUGAAAGGUUUGAAGGAGAAGUGUGUGGACAGCCUGGUAUUCGAAACCCUCAUUCCCAAACCCAUGAUGCAACACUACAUCAGUCUGCUACUCAAACACCGCCGUCUUGUCCUGUCUGGGCCAAGUGGGACGGGUAAGAGCUACCUCGCUUCCCGGCUGGCUGAGUACCUGGUGGACCGCAGUGCCCGCGAAGUCACCAACGGCAUCGUGGUCACUUUCAACAUGCACCGCCAGUCAUGCAAGGAUCUGCAGCUUUAUCUUUCCAACUUGGCCAAUCAAAUCGACAGAGAAACCAGUACGUCAGAAAUACCACUGGUUGUAAUUCUGGACGAUAUUCAUGACCCUGUUUCCAUUAGUGAACUCGUCAAUGGUGCUCUCACCUGCAAAUAUCACAAAUGUCCGUACAUCAUUGGAACAAGCAAUCAGCCAGUGAAGAUGAUAGCAAACCAUGGCCUCCAUCUCAGCUUCAGGAUGGUGACCUUCUCCAACAAUGUGGAGCCAGCCAACGGCUUCCUGGUGCGCUACUUGCACAGGAAACUGAUGGAGUCGGAGGAUGAGAGAAACUUGACCAAUGAGGACCUGAUCAGGGUCUUGGACUGGGUGCCCAAAUUGUGGUAUCAUCUGCACACCUUUCUGGAGAAGCACAGCACGUCAGACUUCCUCAUUGGGCCCUGCUUUUUCCUGUCCUGUCCAGUCACGGUGGAUGAGUUUCGAUCAUGGUUCAUCGACCUCUGGAACCACUCUAUUAUUCCUUACCUGCAAGAGGGAGCUAAGGACGGCAUCAAGGUCCACGGCCAGAAGGCAGUGUGGGAGGACCCAGUGGAGUGGGUGAGGGGCACCCUGCCUUGGCCGUCUGCCCAGCAGGACCAGGCAAAGCUGUUCCACCUGCCUCCCCCCAGCAUUGGCUCCAGCAGCCCUGGUCAGCCCUUCGAGGAGAGGCCUCACAAGGAGACUCCACCCAGCUCCAUGGAAUCUGAUCCACUGAUGGCAAUGCUUUUGAAACUUCAAGAGGCUGCCAAUUACAUUGAAUCCCCAGACAAAGAAGACCCUAGCCUGCCUAAACUUUGAGCUUACACCUAACACUUAGCACUUGAAAUGUUAUUUUAUUUUUUUGUCCACUGUAAUGACGCAGUGCACAUUCAGGAACAAAUGAGCCCUCAAAAAUGGCUGUAGGGCAAUUUCAACUGUCAGAGUAGGUUAAAAGUAAUUACAAAUCAUCUUAGUACUUACAGUAUUUUCAAAAGACUACUCAGUAUUGAAUGAAAACUAUAUUCUGCUACUUCAGUGUAUGUGUGACUGGAUGACAUCCAUUUUGUUUUACAUCCUUUUACCACCCUGUUAGCCCUCAGUACUCUUAGAUUGGUGCUAUUAGAUCACUACGAAACUGAUUGUCUUAGCACUUAGACUUCAGGUGAUUUGUGCAACAGCACACGCAGUCCAUCCUGUUUCAUGCUUGAGUACAUCAUGGGAUACGUAGGAUACAUGGGAGUCCUUGUCACCUGGAGCUAUUCUCAGUUAUGGUGACUCAUUUUCGGAAAAGAGUAUGACAGCAUGAAAAUGCUACUGUUAAUCGCAAAGUUCUUUGGUACAUAUCUACGGUAUAAGUCUUGAAGGCCAAAUCUUAUACAUAUGCAAUCCUGAACUUUACAACCCAAGCAGGUGAAACUAAUCAAAUGCCUUAACAACAAAGACAUCAAUGUCAGCAGAGUAUACUGGUGCUUUCAACAAUUUCUUCAACUCUCUAUAUUAUUUAUUUCAAUUAAUUAUCUUUUUUUUACAAUAUGAAGUGAUAAAAUAUUACAUUAUAAAUGAUCAGUAUACAUUUUCACAUAUUUCUCAUAUCUUUUUCAUUGCCUUUAAGUUGAAAAAUGAAACUUGCUGUCAUACUCUUUUGCAUAAACACGUUUAUCAGUGAUGUGCAUUCACCACUCUGUUGCUCUACAGUACCAUGUUUUCCAAGCAGUGUCACUAGUUUUUCCAUAUAUAUCAGGUAUUAGAUACGCAGGGAUAAUAUAACAUAACAAACACCCUCUGAUUAAACAGAUUGAGCAAGUUCUACUGAAUCCAGUUCAGAUUUUUUUCUGUAACAUUUACGUCUGAAAGACUACAAGUCUUUCCCCCGUAUUUAGAGUAGUAGUGUAAAUUAUGUACAUAAAAUCAGGCUAUAUCGCAGUUCUUUUAUCUACUUUAGUUGGUACAAAUAUCUAAUAUACUGAACCAAAUACUGUACUUUAAUCAUGGAUAUUGACUGUCAAGUUAGGGGUUUAAGUUCAACUCUGAAUGUAUAGAAAAUGCUUCUUAAGCCACCAUUUAACAGUAGGCUAUUGGUCAUCUAGUAGGUGCUUUUAAAGGAAGCCUUACAACAAAGCUCCACUGCUAAACACUUUGAACAACAGCUGAGUAGAGUGACUGUAAAGCCACCUAUGCCCAUGUCAUUUGCAACAGUUCAUGCUCUUCACAGACAGAAUUAAAAGUCUUAAUGCCACUCAUGCUUAUUAUCAUCAUGUAGGUGCGUAUGUAUGGUGCUCUUGAACAAUGUCCCGGACUGUUUUGGUAUUGAAUAAAGAUCAAAUAGGCUUUCAGGGUAGGUUAGCUAAGAGUUCUGUGUCAUAGAGCUGUUAAAGUCUAAAGAAAUAUUAAAUAGAUCUGGAAGAUUUUUUUUAAAGAUGUGUUGUUGAAGAAGUGUUGAAGACAUUAGGUUAGGACAGUGAAGUUAUCAUGUGAGACGUUGUAUGGUGGUGCCCAUGUUGAUGUUGUACCGUAUUCAUAUUUGAGAACAAUUUGGGUACACAACACAUUAAUAAAGUGAUUUUGAAGAAUAUACAUUACAAAGCAAGAGUGAAAAUGAAAAGCGCUAAAGACUUUUUAAUGUUACUUUGUGUAGACUGAAGGCCUUCUGGAGUCAGUGACAGACAAAAACAAUUCACCUGUUCAUCCCGAGCUGUGUCAUUGUUCAGGUGCUCAGACAUGUACAUAAACCCUGUAAAUGAAUGUCAGACCACUUUAAAGACAGCUUGAUAAGAAAGUUUAACAUUUUAAGUAGUGUCUGAGCUGUGUACUGCUUUGUUUUGUAUAAGGCUGAUAAAACUUAAAGCUAAUCCGCAGCUCUGAUUGGUCACGUGUAAACUUGAAAAAAGAAUGAAUUAAUGACAGAGCAAAAAAAAAAAAAAAGUGACUCUCACAC